CCUGGUGUAUCUGCUGUACCUGGUGUAUCUGGUGUACCUGGUGUAUCUGGUGUACCUGGUGUAUCUGGUGUACCUGGUGUAUCUGGUGUACCUGGUGUACCUGGUGUACCUGGUGUACCUGGUGUAUCUGGUGUACCUGGUGUACCUGGUGUACCUGGUGUACCUGGUGUACCUGGUGUACCUGGUGUACCUGGUGUAUCUGGUGUAUCUGGUGUAUCUGGUGUACCUGGUGUACCUGGUGUAACUGGUGUAACUGGUGUACCUGGUGUAUCUGCUGUACCUGGUGUAUCUGCUGUACCUGGUGUAUCUGGUGUAUCUGGUGUAUCUGGUGUAUCUGGUGUACCUGGUGUAACUGGUGUAACUGGUGUACCUGGUGUAUCUGGUGUACCUGGUGUACCUGGUGUACCUGGUGUACCUGGUGUAUCUGGUGUACCUGGUGUACCUGGUGUACCUGGUGCAUCUGGUGUAUCUGGUGUACCGCUGUUCAAUAUUCAAAACCAUUGGCUUACUGUCAUUUGUCACACUAAAACUUGGCUGCACUAGUUUAGAUUAGCACAAGCAACAAACUGAUUUGUUAAGGAAGGCAAGAAGUUUCUGUUGUGGGUAAGCAACCUUAAUGUUAGAACUGUGAUUUUCAGGCAAUAAUAUCAGAGAGAGCAUUUUCACCGUCCGAUUCCAACAAAAACAUUGGAAGUUUCAGAGUUUGCAGAACGUAUGAAAGUUCUUUUGAAGCUGGAAGCAAAAUGGAGGAGCAGCAAAUCCAUCAAGUAGACACUGCCGGUGCUGGCUUGGUUCAGUCUGGUGAAGGGUCUCCACCCAAAACAUGACCUUAUCUCCAGAGACACUGCUUGACCCGUUCAGUUACUCCAGCAUUUUGCGUCUAUUUUUGGUGAAGUGUUUAGGCUGGAGUUCACUGCCAAUGCAGGGAACCUAUGGGAAUAGAGGUACUGCUCAGGCAAAGCGACCAACAGGAACAUCUUCCAUAACCACAGCUUACACGGGUGCAGUAGUGCCAACAUCUGGAGAGUUCCAAGACAAUUCACUGGCUCCACUGCCAGAGUGCCCAGGGCCUGCAGUUUACCGAGUUCAAGCCAAAAAAAGCAAUCUAUUGCCACAGACGGCGGUGGAGGCCAAGCCAAUGGAAAUGUUUAAGGCAGAAAUUGACAGAUUCUUGAUUAGUACGGGUGUCGGGGGUUAUGGGGAGAAGGCAGGAGAAUCAAUUUACAAACCCACACCGCUGUCAGACGUGGGAGGAAACUGGAGCAUCCAAAGGAAAUCCACAAGUUCACAGGGAGAACAUGCAAACUCCACACAGACAGCACACACACCGCACCCGCCCUACAUAGACACAGAGACACAGCAACAUCCCGCCGGGGCCGCGAGCGAGGAACGGUGGAUGUUUAGCCGGUGCCGAGUCUUGGUCAGGACACCAGCCGUUCCCCUCCCCUCCCCCUGGCUCUGUCUGAAGAAGAGUCUCUCCAGAGA